CCAUGUGUUUACUGGAUGUAAACAAUAUACGUGCAAUAGCUGUUCGUGACUUCGUUCAAUGUACGUAGCACAUUAUGUCUUAUGUAAAAGCCGGUUCUAAACAGUUUACAUAUGUACAAAUUCUGAGAAUAUCAUGUCGGUAAGUGAGAAAAAUGGAGUCACUGUAAAUAGCAUAGUCCAGCAUGAUGACUGUACCAAGUCGACGGACGAGGGAGCCCCCCUGCUUCCAAGGAAAGAGAAAUAUAAAACAUACCGGCGGAGAUGGUUCGUUUUGGGGGUGUUCAGCAUGGCCUGCUUUCUGCAGGCCGCCAUCUGGAACACGUGGGGACCCAUCACACAGUCCGCGGAGGUGGUGUUUGGGUGGGAGGACAGUCAGAUCGGAAUGUUGGCAAACUGGGGAAACAUCGCCUACAUAUUCACUGUCUUCCCAGCUUGUUACUUCAUGGACACUAAAGGUUUAAGGAUAUCGUUUACGGCGUGUACUGCCAUGAUGUUGAUCGGGACCGGGGUUAGAUGUAUCACCACAAAUCCUAAGUAUGCGACAUGGUUGAUGAAUUUGUGUGCUAUACUGAAUGGAAUUGCUGGAACAGUACCAUUUGCAGGUCCUGCGCUGGUUGCCAACACUUGGUUCCCGCCGCAACAGAGAACCACCGCUACAGCUGUGUCAUCUGUAUUUAACUAUGGGGGCGUUGCAAUGGCAUUUGUCAUAGGACCACAGCUGGUGUCUGCACCAAAGUACAAUUAUAACAAUGAAACUCGAAACAUCUCUGUAUCAGACAGGUACUUAAAGUUACCAAUUAGUCUGGAAACAGAAACGCAGAGUCCAAAAAAUGUCUCCAACACAACCCAAGUAUUAAUCAAUUUUACCCACGUGCGAGAAGAUAUAGUUUAUUUAAUGUAUUAUGAAUGUGCUGCCGCCGGCCUGAUCUUCCUGUGCAGUCUCUUCAUGCCGUCCAAGCCGCCAACGCCCCCUAGCGUGUCCGCCUCCACAGCCCGCGUGGAAUACCGGAAAGCGCUGAUGACUAUCUCCAGGAACAGAGCAUUAUGGUUGAUUGCACUGGCGUAUGCCUUACCCGCGGGGGUGUACGGGGUGUGGGGAGCCGUCAUUGACGUCAUACUGAAACCCGUGGGAAUAGGACAGAACGAGGUUGGUUGGAUAGGAUUCUAUUCUAUAAUGGCGGGCUGUGUCUCGGGUCUAGCAAUCGGAAGAUUUUCGGAUCUCUUCAUGAGGCACAUGAAGCUCUUUCUCCUAGUCAUGUUUGCUAUGGCUGGUGGAUCGUUUGUCUGGUUCACUCUCAUGUGUGUCGAUGUCAUUCCACUUUCCACAGCACAAGUGUACAUCUCUAACAUUGUUGGCGGAAUGUCUCUAAAUGGGGCUAUACCGCUGUUCUAUGAGUUGGGGGCCGAGUCGGCCUUUCCCGUCUCUGAGGGAGUCGUCGGGGGAUUUCUUACCUGGUUAAACAAUCUGUGUGGAGUCAUGUUUCUGUUUAUGCUUCAAAUACCAAACAUAGGGACGUCUUGGAUGAACUGGACACUGGUGGGUAGUGUUGCUAUGGGUCUAGUCUUCCUGUUUGUUUUUCCGGAGCGGUACACCCGCACUGACAUAGAUAUCUAUGUAGAUAAAGCAGAGACAGGCCAUCCAGAAACCACGGUCACCGCCCGCCACACCGUGUACCAGAAUCCAUGAAACAACCAAGAGACUGAGGUCGCCGCCCACCACAGUCCGCCCGCCACAAACCGUGUACCAGAUCACUUUAAACGCACACCUGCAUGUAUAUUUAGAAUGAGUUCGGUUGUGAAGUGCACUACUUACAAUUCGACGGUUCAGUAUAUUCACUCAAACCAUGAAAUGGUUCAUAAGGUCAAACAGUAUAUACAUAUAGCUCUUUACAUUCAAGAAUAUAAUGAAAUUCGUCAGACAUUUGACCUGAAUUACAUAGUUUACACACUCUUUGGUUUAGAGGAAUAUUGCACCAUCUCCCAGUCUUCACUGGUGAUGGUGGUUUAAGGUUCUAAAUUUCAUGAAAAUCUUUCUGAGUUUGUGUGGCAAUAUAUUAAUGUAAUUGUUUUUAAACAAAAAUUUUUCUUUAAAAUCUUCUUUAUUUGCCCUUUUUAAUUUCACUAGACUAUUUUUAAUAUAAGUCAACUUGCAAAUUCUUAAGUCUCCAACCCUAAACUCACCCCCACCCACACCCACACACACAAAAGAGGUUUUUUUCGUAAAUCAUUACCAUUGUGUUGUGAAUUUCAGUUCGUGUGCUUGAAAUGAAGGCUAAAUUCCACAUUAAUAACAACAUACGGUGGUAAUUUACAUAUUUCAUAUUUUAUGUCGUACAUAUCAUGUACAAUUGUUUUAUUAGUGUUUUGUACAUGUAUUUGUUGCUAGGACAGUUGGGAUUGAUUAAACAUUUCUUGGUCCUUCAAAAACAAAAGGGCAUAUAAAAAUAAUCAGACAGUGUACACGAUUUUUUUCUAAUAAGACAAUUACAAUUUAAAACAAACUACAAAAAAAAGAACAACUUGUAACUAAAGAUUGCAUUAGCUAGGGGUUAUUUAUAAUGACCCAUAUGCAUGCAAUAUACAUGUAUAUACUUGACAAAGGCGAGUACUGUAUAUAAGUUUUGUAAUUAUACAUGUUGUAUAUACUGUGUUACAGUAUUAAAUGUUUCUGUUUUAAUUGUGCAAUAAACAUAUUUAUUAACA